GCUAGCUUGAAUUGUAAAUCUGGUGAACAAAGAUGGCAAAGAAGAAGAAUCCCUUAGUUUUUAUGGAUGUAUCAAUAGAUGGUGAUCCUGUUGAAAAAAUGGUUUUUGAGCUCUUUUCUGAUGUUGCUCCCAAGACUGCAGAAAAUUUCCGUGCCCUUUGUACAGGGGAAAAGGGCAUUGGUCCUAAAACUGGAAAACGGCUGUACUACAAGGGUUCCUUUUUCCAUCGUGUCCUUAAAGGUUCCUUGGCCCAGGGUGGUGAUUUUGUAAGAAGAGAUGGAACUGGUGGGGAAAGCAUAUAUGGUGGGAAGUUUCCAGAUGAAUCACCUAGGCUAAAGCAUGGUGGACCUGGUCUUUUAUCCAUGGCAAUUGCUGAUCGUGACACUGUCGGUUCACAAUUUGUUGUCACCUUCAAGGCUAAUCAUGACCUUGACAGAAAGUAUGUUGUUUUUGGACAGCUUGUGCAAGGAAAUGAAGUACUGAAGAAAAUUGAAAAUGUGGGUGAUGAGGAAGGAAUACCAACUGUGACAGUGAAAAUUAUUAAUUGUGGUGAAUUCAGUGAAGACAAGAGGAAAAAUAAGCUGAGAAUGGGAAAAGAUGUUUCUUCUGGUGCUAACAGUUAUGAAGCGCGUAGGAAGUGGAAAAAUAAGAAAUCAAGAGAGAAAAGGAAGAAGAGAAGAAGACACGAUUCAUCUGAUUCGGAUAGCUCCUCAGAUUCUGAGACAGAAUCAUCUGAGUCUGAUAGUGAUUCUGAUUCAUAUAUCUCAUCAUCCUCGGGUACUAGUUCUUCAAGUGAUGAUGGGAACAAGAAGAGGAAGAGAUAUUCCAAACGAGAAAAACAUAAGCGGGGUAAAAGAAGAGAUAGACGACGUGAGAAAAAAAGAAAACAACGUGAUAAGAGAUCAAAGCAUAAAUUAAGGACUUCUGAUAGCCUUACGGAUGAGAACAGCAAGACAAGCAGCGAAAGAAGCACCGACAAUGAUGUUCAAGGAAAACCACAGAAACAUAAAGAGCCUUCUCAGAAAAAUGUUUGUAGUCAAUCCCCUUCGGCUACAGAGAAAGAAAAUCCUCACAGAAAGAUGAAAGAGGCUGAUUUUCUUGUGAAGGAACGUGAAACUCCCAAGGAGAUUGGAGAGCGAAAGAGCAAUGGCAUUGAAGAAGAUGCUAAAUCUGAAAGAAGUGCUCAGAGGCAACCUGAUGUGGUAGAUGAUCGCCCAAGCAAAUCUAGAAGCAGAAGUGCAAGUUCUAGAAGGUCCAUGAGUAAGAGUAUGAGUAUUAGUCCCAGGAGGCGUCAAAGCCAUAGCCCAAGUCAUAGCCUAAGGCGGAGUGUGAGCAGGAGUCCAGGUGUGAAUAGGAAUCCCACACGUUUCCCAGAAAGAAGUGUUAGUAGGACUCCUGUUAGAAGCAUCAGCAAAAGUCCAUUGAGGGCUAGAAAGAACAGCAGUAGGAGCCCAGUUAGAGGACAUUCUCAAAAAAGCAUUAGCAGGAGCCCUGUAAGGUCUCGCUCUCGAAGAAGCCCAAGUACGAGCCCACCUAGGUCAACAAGAAAAUCAAUUAGUAGAAGCCCUGUUAGACUUUCAAAAAGAAGCAUUAGCAGAAGUCCCUUAAGAUCUAGGAGAAGCAUUAGCAGAAGCCCCAUAAGAUCUAGGCGAAGCAUUAGUGGAAGUCCUGUAAGAUCCUCUCGGAGAAGCAUAAGUAGGAGCUCUGCUAGGGCUCCCUUUAAAAGAACUAUCAGCAGAAGUCCAUUAAGGGAAUCAAGUAGGAAUUACUGUCGUAGUUAUUCAAGGAGCCCAACCCCUGUUAAACGAGUAAUGUCACCACCUGAUCGAGGUAGAAGUAUAUCGAGAAGUGCUUCCCCUGAUGCAUCACCUAAGCGUAUCAGGAGGGGCCGUGGUUUCGGUGAGCGCUACUCCUAUGCACGAAGAUACAGAAUCCCUUCUCCAAAUCGUUCUCCUGUUAGGUCCCAUCGUUACGAAGGCAGGAUUGAUCGUGAGAGGUAUUCAAGCUACAGGAGGUAUUCACCCAGGCGUUAUAGAAGCCCACCAAGAGGACGAACUCCUCCAAGGUAUAGAGGCAGAAGAAGCCGGACAAGGAGUCCAUCUUUAUCCCCUAACCCAAGGUAUCGGAAUCGUCGAUAUGGUCGUAGCCGCAGCCAUAGCCCAAGUCGAAGUCGAACCCCUGUCCGCAGCCGUACGCCAGUUGAUUCUCCAAAGGCCGGAAGGCGAAGGUCCACAUCUCGUAGCAGGAGCCGAUCGGAAUCAAGGUCCUCGUUGAAGUCUGUGUCUCCAAAGCAGGCAAGCAAAGCAAAGUUGAGGUCGUCCUCUGGAAGUCCGGAUGGGAGAAGGUGCCUGGUCUCGUACGACGAUGGUUCGGCUAGCUCGGGAAGGUGAGUUUGGAGAAGAUUUUGGUGUUUUGAGUGUUUGAGGAGCCCCAAUCUUGUAUUUGAUGCGCUUUUGAAGCUUUACGAAUUUGUUCUCUCUUAGCUGUGUUGUUGUCAGGGGGUUGUGGCUAGUAGUUUACAUUACCUAAUCCGCUUUUAAGUAUUUU